AUGAGGCAUGAAGUCAAUAUUGAUAUCAAGUACGAUGAUGUAGAUGAAAAUUUAUAAGAAAGCAAGGAAGAGGAAGUACCAUAAACUUAAAUUGCUAAAGUGGUCGAAAAAAAUGGUGCCUAUUGGAUAUUUCAUUCUUCUACUAUCGAUGAAGAAGAUGAAGACAAUGAGAAAAUGCCUGAGUUGAAACUCUGGAGAAUUGUUAAAUAUUGCACAAUAUCUAAUGGAACCAUUAAUGGGUACAAACUCCUUCCAGAUGACUUACUCAAACUUGGAAGGGUCAGAUUCAAAGUUAGAGAAGUGCAGUCUCCUGCCUACAGGAAAAUGCAAAUGAGACAUACAAAUAAUUCCUUAGCUGCAAAUGUCAUCUUACCUAAAGGCAAGGAGGUUAUUGCACCUUUAGUCAUAAGAGAGACAUCAUAAACUAGUGGAGGAAUACCUCUUUGCAGAAUUUGUUUAUCUGAGGAGAAUGAUUUAGAGAAUCCUUUAUUUUCUCCCUGCAAGUGCAAAGGUACAAUGAAAUUUAUACAUUUGUAAUGUCUAGUAAUUUAAUAUGAUGUUCCCUAAUACCAACCAGGAGAAGAGCCAACCUACGUUGUUUUUGAAAGCAUCACUUCAAAUACAAGCAAAGUUAUUCAUGUGGUAAAUAUGCUGAAUGUGAAUGAGAUAAAGUUGGGGAGAGGCCAUGAUGCUGAUGUUAGAGUGACUGACAUUUCUGUAUCUAGAUUACAUGCUGUUCUUAAAAAGACUUCAAAGGGUUAUUUUGUCCUUGAGGAUAAUCGAUCUAAAUUUGGAACCUUGUGUAUGGUCAAAAAUCCUUUACCUCUUUCAAUAAAUGAAACAAACUACAUCCAAGCUGGAAGGACAAUGGUUGAAAUUUAGAUUAAGCGCCCAAUCAAAAUAUUUAACAACUGCAUUUGUUCAUCAUCAGCAAAUAAUAACAAUAUUAAUGAAAAAUAAAGGAGAUCAUCAUCUAUUAAAGGUGGAUUGACUACCAAAAAUGGGAUUGAUUUUUUUCCAGAGGAGUUUUUACCAGAUAGGAAAAAGCUAUUAAAAAAAUCAAAGAAUGAGUCUUAAAUUAGAAUUGAAAAGUAGAUGCAUACUGCUUUCCAGAGUGAGGGACUUGAGGAAUAUCAAAUAAAUAGAUUAGGAGAAGAGAUUGACUUAGAUUAUGAAGACAAUCCAAAUUCUCAAGGCCCAUCGAAUAGAAGAAGAUCUAUUCAUUCUUAAAGAAAUUCAAAUUUUCAUAACACAAAUAAUAUACUUAUUGAGGGAGAAGAGGAAGUAAAAUUUGAGCCUAGAAAUCAUAGCAGUAUUAAUAUACCUGAUAUGACAUCAAUGAUUCAUUAGCAAGUUCAGUAGUUAAGUCGGAAAUCUCUAAGCAAGCAAGAUAAUUAAGAAAACAUGAAUGAAGCUCAUGCAAGUAAAUCCUAAAGAAAAUCAUCAUCAAGAUACAGAUCUAUGAAAAAUCAGCAAAGAGUGCCUAAGUCAAAAUUAAGUAGGGGCGGGUAGAGUAGAUAAAGAAGUGAACGAAGUUUAUAAUCAAUAGAUAAUAAGCAGAAUAAUGAUUCUCCAAUAUAGAUUUAAGAUGACGAAUUGUAGUCAAACUUCUAGAUAAAUUCAAUAAACACCUAUAGAAAUUAGGAUGCUUAAAUAUAACCAGUUUAGGACUAUCAAGAUAAUGACCAUCCAAAUGAUUAUGAUGAUAGAGCCUAAAGCAAUAGAAUUGUAGAUAAGCCUUCCAAAUAGAGUAGUGUAUAGCACAUUUCUGCUAAGCAAUUCUAUGGUUUUGAGGAAGAAUAGCCAACCAAUAGAAUUGAUUUGCAAUCACAAAGAAAUCUUAUAUCAAUCGAGGAGAAAAAAUAGGGUAAAUAUAAGUAUAAAUAAGCAAAGCUCAAGCCUGCCUCAAGCAACAAUUCUUCAUAAGUAUUGAAUUAGCAUACAAAUAUAAAAGAUAUGAUGAGAAAUAGUAAGGAUUUCCAAGAUUACUCUGAUGCCAAAGAUUAGCAGAAUUAAAUACCUAUAAACAACAAUAGUAGCAUAGCUAAGAAGUCUCAUUAAGUGCAGUUGAAAACUCAAAGUCAUCUCUAGAGUUCUGCAAUAAAAGUUAGAGACGAUGAGGAUUAAUACAAUUAAGAUAAGGAAACAAAAGAUUUUCAGACAGCUGAUUAGAUGAUAUUCUAAAAGUCAUUUAAAAACUUGCCACAAUCAUCUUCAAGAGUUGAGGGUGAAGAUUUGAAUGAUGAGAGUAUGGAGAAGUAUUUCGAUAAAAUGCAAAAGAAACAGCAAAUGAGGGAUUACAAGAAUUAAAGCAGUCAAAAGAAGAAUUAGGGAGACUUUACAAAUAUAGAGGAAGAUAAAUAGAAUGAACUUUUAAUUCAAAACCAGAGAACAUUGGAUUUUAUGACUUCUAAUAAUCAUGAGUAAUAGCGACUAAACUUCCAUAUUUAUGAUGGCUAGGAUCUAGAAAUGAGCGAGGAGUAGUAACUUCAACGUAACUAGGAUGUUAUGAUCUAGAAUAUAGAUGAUGUUGAAGAACUAGAUUUCGAUGAAAUUUAACAAUAGCAAUAUAGCUAGAACUAAUAAAUACCAUUCAUAAGGGAAGCUAAUAGUUCACUUUAGUAGUCAUAAGAUGAUAGCAUGACUCAUAACUUUGAGAGUGUCUAACUUGCUACUCAAUCUCAAUAGAAAUCCUUCCUUAAAGCACAUAGUAAAGAACUAGAUACUAAAUUUAAGAACAGGAUCAACAAGAAUGAGAAGCAGGUCGAGUAGUAAUCGUUAGUGGAAGGAGAAGAGCAGAUUAAGUUCGAGGAUAUAGAGGAGUAUUGA